AUGCCAGCCAAAAAGAAAAGACCAAAGAGCACUACAACCGAGAACACACCAUCCUCUGAGACUUCAGGCCCGGCAAAACGUCGAAAGCAGACAACAUCAGCCUCUGUUGACAUUGCCGAGCAGGUGAACAACGCUAUACAAUUAGCCCUGCCAAAAAUCACUCAAGCGGUCCUUUCGGCAAUGAAUGAUAAGAGCGAGGAGCACACAGAUAAAGCUCCAGAGGUGCCUCAGGAAUUACCAAGCACGUCCACGGAGCCGCUUUCCCAGGCUAGCGAUGGUACAAGAAUUCAAGGAGGGGUUCCCAUCUAUGAAUCCAAUGCCGACACCAAUAUCUCCAACAAUGCUCAACCUUUAAAGAACCUAGCAGACUUCAUUUUGCAGAGUUCACUUUCUAAAGCUUCUAGGUCAUCAUACGAUAGAGCUUUUACAUGUUAUAAGUCCUUCAUGUUCAACCAAUAUCCAAACGUCCCCAUCUUACCACCAUCAUCUCAACAUGUCGCACUUUUUGUAGCCUUUUGUUUUCAAUCCAACAUGGCGACGUCGACCUUGAAAAGUUAUCUAUCAGCUCUAGGAUAUAUAUUUAAAUUAAAGGGCUAUCAAGACGUAACACAGCUUUUUGUAAUUCGCAAAAUGCUACAAGGGUAUGAAAAGUUAAAACCAGGUACCGGGAAUACGAGGCUGCCUAUAACACCGUCUAUUCUAAGAAAUUUAGUUGACUCGAUUGAUCAUUUAAGUAUCUCAUUUUACCAGCGCAGCAUGCUAAAAUCAAUGUAUUUGUUGGCCUUCCAUGCCUUCUUAAGAGUGGGGGAAAUAACUAUCACAUCUCGACAUCACAGAGGUAAUGUUUUGCUACUGGAAAAUGUUAAGCUUGUUCGAGACGAAUCAAACACACUAGAAGGCCUAGAAAUAAGACCUGAUUCUUUCAAGCACAGUUCUGGCCGACAUAUUCCCACCUUGUUUCUACAGGCUAGUAAUUCCGAUGAAGGGCUCUGUCCAGUGCAAGCACUAUUGUCAUUUAUUACACUAAGGGGUCAAGUCAUGGGUCCCCUUUUUCUUACCCUGAUGGUCAUGGAAUCCAAAGGCAACAAUUUACAAACUUUCUACAAAUGUCUUUAAAGUGGUCGGGUCUCGAUUCUAAACUCUAUAAAACUCAUAGUUUUCGAAUUGGUGCGGCAACGUCAGCGGCCGAAAUGGGUAUUUCAGAUGAAAAGAUUAAACAGAUGGGACGAUGGCAUUCCGACGCAUACAAGAAAUACAUACGCAUACCUGUUUUGAAAAUCUAAAUAUUUUCUGCAGUAAGUAUAAUCAUGGGGACAGGGGCCUCUGAUUAUGCACUAAAUAUCAACACAUACUACGAUCAGCUGGUUUUUGGACAUAGCGAAUAUAAGUUUCCAGAUUUAUAUUUAAUUUCCCUUUAUAGCAUGGACUGUUUUGAAUUUUAAACCUAGGUCAUGGGGACAUGGGCCUCUGACUUAACCUUAUAAAUAUAGCAUGGAAUGUUUUGAUUUUCAAACUUGAGUCAUGGGGACAGGGGCCUCUGACUUAACCUUACAAAUAAAGGAUGGACUGUUUUGAUUUUUCGAACUUACACGUAAGUCAUGGGGACAAGGGCCUCUGACUUAACCUAAUGGAGGUACAACUGCGUUCAUUUUUCUUCGACAUUAAGUCACGGGGACAUGGGCCUCUGACUUAUUCGCCUGGUUGUGUUUAUAUAAUGUAUAAUAUGUUUGUUUAUUCCGGUUGGCUGUAAUAGUGAUGUUAGAAACUUUGAUGAAAUAUGACAGAGGAUCGUGAACUUAAUUAUAACGUAUUAUGGACACUGCUGGUUAAUGGAGCUUGAACUAGAUCCUUCUAUCACUUAUAAAGGAGUAUCUUGACCAUCUUUGAAGAAACUGUGUGGUAUUUAUGUUUGUGCAUUAAUAUUAACAUUUCAUUAGAAGACAAUAGUUUAAGGAUGGGGUUUAUUGCGUUUAUGUAAACACAAUAAUGUGGCGAAUUUUUAUACCCCACCUUUGAUAUCUAUUGAAACAAAAUUGAUUAUAUUUUCAAUUGUUCAAUUUUUCUGG